GGUGCAAACUUUUAAAUGGUUACAUGAUUUUGCAUCUCCAUGGAUUACACGAAGGACAUGUGAAAUCCAAGGCGAAAGAAAGGGAAAAAAAAAAAACAAUAAUCAUCCAAUGAUGAUUUUCAAGAGAAUUAUUGAAAGAUGGAUUCCAAUUUUGAGUUCUUGUUUGGAAGAUCUCAUGUGCUUGUUAGCCUAAAGCUGCAAAUGUUAUUUUCCACAGUCGAUGCACCAACAUCGCAUGGGUUCCUGAAAGUGAAGGCACUUUUGUCAUUGCUCAUGCCGAUGGAAACUUAUAUGUGUAUGAAAGAAACAAGGAUUGCAUUGGCGAUUCUUCAUUCCCUGUCAUCAACGACCAAUCUCAGUUUUCUGUUGCACAUGCACGGUCCAACAAGGCAUACACGAACAAGCUGGAGAACAAGGUUUCACGUCUGGAAGAAGAGAAUGAAAGGCUCAAGAAGCAGAAGGUUUUGGAUGCUUGCUGUACAUGCCUGACUAGCAACGAAAUCCACUUCAAGAAUAUCAGGUUCAAGUCUUCAACAAAUAGAGGGCCUGGUUCUGCAGCACUCUACAGCUCCAAGCAGUAUAAUCUCAAUGCUGUGCCACUUACCGAAUCAGCUAUGCUUCUCAGCCCACUGCAGGGAAACUUCCCAGGGAGGAAUUUAGGCUCAUUGCAAGAAAAGGGCCUACAUCACACAUAGUGGACGCGUGAUCAUGGCUAGUGAGGUUAGUGUUGUAGACAUUUAUCAGAAGAUGUGGCUAGGAAAGGAAGACAUAUGAUCGGUCCAGAAGGUGACCUUAUUGAAACAGUUCAUGUGGAAGGCUAGGAAAGGAAGACAUUUAUAGUUUGUUUUGAAAACUUUAAAUAGACCAUUAAUUGUUUUAUUGAUAUUGUGCUAAUUAUUGUCUUGAUGAAUGUUAGAUUUUUAGGUAAUUUAAAUUCUUGUCAUUCAAUCA